CUUUUCGAGAGGAUUUGACGUGGAUAGGGAAAGGAAAAGGAAGAAGACGCGGAGAAAAAGGAGAUUCAAGGCGGCUGACGACGGCGGAAUGGCGGACAGGGACCCGUUGGUUCCGAUACCCGUGGAGGUUCGGGCCAAACUGGCUGAGCUGGAGUUGGAGUUAUCCGAAGGUGACAUCACACAAAAAGGUUACGAGAAAAAAAGAUCCAAGUUGAUUGGCGCAUUUUUCCCACAAGGCCCAGCUCCAGACGUGUCGGGUGCUCAGGACAGGAGACCGCAGGCCACGCCGUCCUCAGCCUCCCGAUAUCACCGCAGACGCUUGUCUGGCUCCCGGGACGAGCGCUACCGCUCAGACAUACACAGUGAAGCGGUGCAUGCAGCGUUGGCCAAACAUCGCGAGAGGAAGAUGGCCGUGCCCAUGCCGUCCAAGCGGCGUUCCCUUGUGGUGCAGAACUCCAUGGAGGCGUACACACCCCCGGAUACCUCCUCAAGUUCUGAGGGUGAGGAGAAGGAUUACGAGGGAGAUGGAGGUGAAGAAGAGGAUGGAGGAGGAAACAAUGGCGAAGGAGGAGGAGAAACGUCAUCAAGCCUUGAGGGCAGCAUGAACAUGGAGCACUGGAUCAGCCGUGCCAUUCACGCCACCUCGUCUGCUACCAACACCAACUCCUCCACCGCCUCUUCGUCCUCGUCCUCUGGCAGUGGUGCAAUAGCCCGUGGGCGGCUGGCUGAGGUUUUGGCUCAACACGUCCACAUCUCAGCGCACCAGCACCAUCUGCGCCUACAUCAGCAGCACCACAAGACCGAGAUCUCCUCAGCUCCUCCAGACGUGACGGGUUACACCAACAACGCUGCAGUUGCCGAUCGGAUCCAGGCAGAGAAAACUCCAGGGGGAGAUGGUGGCAGCCCGGGCCUGAGACAAACUCCCAAGUAUGGCAACGCCGAGUUGAUGGAGACUGGAGACGGCGUUCCGGUCAACAACAGAGUUUCAGCCAAGAUCCAGCAGCUGGUCAACACGCUGAAGAGACCCAAAAGACCUCCGCUCCGAGAGUUUUUUGUGGACGACUUUGAAGAGCUGCUGGAGGUCCAGCAGCCGGACCCCAACCUCCCCAAAGCCGAGGGGGCCCAAAUGGUUCCCGCGCAGGGUGAGGACCUGGGCGUGGUCACCAACUGGCCACCCUGUCUGGAGGCGGCCCUGCAGCGGUGGGGCACCAUUUCCCCCAAGGCCCCCUGCCUCACCACCAUGGACACCAACGGGAAGCCGCUCAGCCAGCUCACCUACGGUAAACUGUGGUCCCGCAGUGUUAAAGUGGCCUACAACCUGUCGCACAAGCUAGGGAUCAAACAAGAACCUCUCAUCAGACCUGGAGACAGAGUAGCACUUGUGUUCCCUAACAAUGACCCCGGCUCGUUCAUGACAGCGUUCUACGGCUGCCUGCUAGCUGAUGUGGUGCCCGUGCCUAUCGAAGUGCCUUUGAGCAGGAAGGAUGCGGGGAGUCAACAGAUUGGCUUUUUGUUGGGCAGCUGCGGCAUCAGCGUGGCUCUGACCAGCGACCUCUGCCACAAAGGACUUCCCAAGAGUCCCACGGGGGAGAUACCACAGUUUAAAGGCUGGCCCAAGCUGUUGUGGAUCGUCACUGAGUCCAAAUACUUGUCCAAGCCCCCCCGAGACUGGUUCCCCCACAUCAGGGAUGCAGGACACGAAACCGCCUACAUCGAGUACAAGACGUGCAAAGAUGGCGGCGUCCUGGGCGUGACGGUGACGCGCGCUGCCAUGUUGACUCACUGUCAGGCCAUCACCCAGGCCUGUGGAUACACUGAAGCUGAAACCAUGGUCAACGUUUUGGAUUUCAAGAAGGACAUUGGACUCUGGCAUGGUGUUCUUACUAGCGUGAUGAACAUGAUGCACGUGGUGAGCGUCCCGUACGCCCUCAUGAAGGUCAACCCGCUGUCGUGGAUCCAGAAAGUGUGUCAAUUCAAAGCCAAGGUAGCGUGUGUGAAGUCCCGCGACAUGCAUUGGGCACUGGUGGCGCACCGCGACCAGCGCGAUGUCAACUUGGCGUCUUUGAGGAUGCUGUUGGUGGCCGACGGCGCCAACCCUUGGUCCAUCUCGUCAUGUGAUGCCUUCCUCAACGUUUUCCACACCAAAGGGUUGAAGUCUGACGUCAUUUGUCCAUGUGCUGGCUCACCCGAGGCGCUGACUGUCGCCAUCAGGAGGCCUGUGGAGGAGGGGACCGCGACGCCACCUCGCGGAGUUUUGUCCAUGUACAGUUUGAGUCACGGAGUUGUAAGACUCGACUCGGAGGAGAAACUCUCGGUGCUCACCGUGCAGGACGUCGGAUACGUCAUGCCCGGAGCCAUGAUGUGCGUAGUGAAGAUGGACGGCAUCCCUCAACUGUGUAAAACAGACGAGGUUGGCGAGUUGUGUGUGUGCACGGUCGCCACGGGGACGUCCUACUAUGGCCUCAGCGGAAUGACCAAGAAUACCUUUGAGGUUGUUCCCGUUGACAGUGAGGGUGCCGCCGUCAGUGAAUUUCCAUUCACCAGGACCGGGCUGCUGGGCUUCGUCAGUGUAUCGGGUCUGGUUUACGUGGCGGGCAAGAUGGAUGGGCUGAUGGCCGUGGGCGGGCGGCACCACAAUGCUGACGAUAUCGUAGCCACGGCGCUCGCGGUAGAGCCCAUGAAGUUUGUCUACAGGGGGCGGAUAGCAGUGUUCUCCAUCGAGGUCCUUCAUGAUGAGAGGAUUGUGGUGGUCGCUGAGCAGCGUCCCGACUCAACAGAGGAGGACAGCUUCCAGUGGAUGAGCCGUGUAUUGCAGGCUAUAGAUGGUAUCCACCAGGUUGGUGUGUACUGUUUGGUUCUGGUUCCCUCCAACACACUUCCCAAGACUCCCCUUGGAGGCAUUCACCUGUGUGAGACCAAGCAGCUCUUCCUGGAGGGGGCGCUGCAUCCUUGUAACGUCCUCAUGUGCCCGCACACCUGCGUCACCAACCUGCCCAAACCCAGGCAGAAACAGCCAGAGAUUGGGCCUGCCUCUGUGAUGGUGGGAAAUCUGGUUUCUGGGAAGAGGAUCGCUCAGGCGAGCGGAAGAGAUCUCACUCAGGUCGAAGACAAUGACCAGGGUCUUUGUGCAUUUCAGUUCCUGUUCCUGUCUGAAGUGUUACAGUGGCGAGCACAGAGCACACCUGAACAUGUACUCUACACACUACUCAACUCCCGGGGUACGACAGCCAGCUCGGUGACGUGCUUGCAGCUCCACAAGAGAGCCGAGAAGGUGGCCGCCAUGUUGGCUGAACGGAGCCACCUCCAGGACGGCGAUCACGUCGCGCUGCUAUACCCUCCGGGCAUGGAGUUGAUCGUGUCAUUUUAUGGGUGUUUGUACGCUGGCUGCGUUCCUGUCACCGUGCGGCCGCCUCACCCGCACAAUAUCUCUACAACGCUGCCCACUGUCAACAUGAUUGUUGAGGUGAGUCGCUCUGUAUGCGUGCUGACAACGCAGGUCAUCUCCAAGCUGCUCAAGUCCAAAGAAGCGUUGGCCACUGUGGACAUGCGCACGUGGCCACCCGUCCUGGACACGGACGAUUUGCCAAAGAGGAAAGCGCCUGUGCUGUACAAACCCUCCAAUCCUGACACGCUAGCGUACUUGGACUUUAGCGUGUCCACCACCGGCAUGCUCGCUGGAGUCAAAAUGUCUCACGCGGCCACCAGUGCCUUGUGUCGCUCCGUGAAACUUCAGUGCGAACUGUACCCAUCCCGAGAGGUCGCCAUCUGCCUCGACCCGUACUGCGGCCUGGGCUUCGUCCUCUGGUGCCUUUGCAGCGUGUACUCGGGCCACCAGUCCAUCCUGAUCCCUCCGUGCGAGCUGGAGGCCAACGCAUCAUUGUGGCUUUGGGCCGUCAGCCACCACAAAGUGCGAGACACGUUCUGUUCAUACAGCGUCAUGGAGAUCAGCACCAAAGGGGUCGGACUGCAGAUGGACACGCUUAAGAGUCGCGGCGUGGAUUUGUCCCGCGUGCGGACGUGUGUGGUGGUGGCCGAGGAGCGACCCCGGACAUCUCUGACGCAGUCCUUCUCCAAGCUCUUCAGGGAUCUCGGCCUUCACUCGCGAGCAGUUAGCACCGCCUUUGGAUGCCGCGUCAACAUGGCCGUUUGCCUCCAGGGAACGUCCAGUCCCGACCCGACGACAGUCUUCGUGGACAUGAGGGCGCUCCGACACGACAGGGUGAGGCUAGUCGAGAGGGGAUCACCUCACAGUUUGCCCCUGAUGGAGUCUGGGAAGAUCCUUCCUGGCGUUCGAAUCAUCAUUGCCAACCCGGAGACCAAAGGACCAAUGGGAGAGUCUCACCUGGGAGAGAUUUGGGUUCAGUGCGGUCACAACUCGAGCGGAUACCUAAGCGUGUACGGGGACGAGGCUCUGCGCUCCGAUCAUUUCACGUCCAGACUCAGUUUCGGAGACACGCACAGUGUCUGGGCCCGGACGGGCUACCUGGGCUUUCUGCGCAGGACGCAACUCACUGAUGCCAAUGGAGAGCGUCACGACGCGCUUUACAUAGUGGGCGCCUUGGAGGAGGCCAUGGAAUUGCGGGGCAUGCGGUACCACCCCGUCGACAUUGAGACGUCCGUCAUCAGGACACACAAGAGCAUCACAGAGUGCGCGGUGUUCACAUGGAGCAACCUGCUGGUGGCAGUCGUGGAGCUCGCGGCGUCGGAGCGGGAAGCUUUGGACGUGGUGCCGCUGGUGACCAACGCUGUGUUGGAGGAGCACUACCUGAUCGUGGGCGUGGUGGUGGUCACCGACGCCGGCGUCAUCCCCAUCAACUCGCGUGGGCAGAAGCAACGCAUGCACCUCCGGGACGGAUUUCUGGCUGACCAGCUCGACCCAGUCUACGUGGCCUACAACAUGUAGACAGACCCACAACCGGAAAACCCCAGUGAAAAUCUACCCUAUAGAGAGGAUCAUAUAAUUUUUCAUAUAGAUUGACCCCCACCACACACUUUGAACACAGACAAAAAAAACACACAUUUGGCAAAAGAAAAUUUUCCAUAGAAAAUGUUCGCAUGCUGUGGCUGUCAAAAGAUGUCAAGUAACAUCACUUGGAGAACAGGAAAAGAAGGUCGGCCUGUCCACUUAGCUCACUUGCUUCAAGCUGUUCAUUUGUAGGUAAAGAAAGAAGGAUGUCCAUUUUUUAUUUGCACAGAGAGGAUUCACAACAUGCUUCACGUAGUUCAAAUACACGAAACAAUGGACCCCCGCGUAUUUGACGUCAGGCAUUUGUGGAUUCACCUAUUUGUAGAAUUUCGGGUUUGUGCUUAUUUACCUUUUCUUUUUUUUUUUAAACCAGAUUUUAAGGGGGGGGGGUAAACAGGAUAGUGGAAAAACACUGUGAAAAAGAGGUUGCUCAAAAGAACUCUAAAUAUAAUGAUGGUUUGGUUUACAUUGCUUUUGACAUCACAUAGUAAGGUACAGCUUUCAAAAAUCCUUUCCAGAUUUACAUAUUUUUACAAAACAUUACUUCAAAAUUGGUUUCCAUCAUUGAGUAGUGAUGUCUAAGGGGGAUAUGCCAAGUUUCACUGAUGUUUUUAGCAUUAUUAGUUCACAAAGCUCCAGAGAGGGAGUCGUUGCUUCACAAAUUUUUUGUUAAACAGCCUGCAUUCCAACGUGCUGGAUUUGAAAAACCUGUGGCCAAGGAAGUGAUUGGAACACUUGAUUCUAUUCUGAUACUAUUCACAGUCCCCUCCAAAACUAUUGGAACAGCAAGUUCCUUUGUUUUUGUUAUAUACUUAAGAUGAUUGGGUUUCAGAUCAAAAGAUGAAUGAGGCAAACGUUCAGAAUUCCAGAUUUUAGUUCAUGGUAUUUACAUUUAGAUGUGUUGAGUUAAGAGCACCAUUUCUUUGAAGCCAGCCACUUUUCAAGAGAGCAAAAAGUAUUGGAAUAUAUAUUUGAGCUGGUUAUCCUCACAUGUCGCGUGCUGAAGCGUAUCUUAGUGAUCUUUGUGGUCAAUUUUUACCCCAAAAAACAUUGAAACAUUUUCUUCUUUGAAUUAUUGAAACUCUUCCCAUGAAAAAAAAAAUAUUUUUACCCCCCCCCGAAAAAAAAAUCUAUUAAGUGUGGGAUUGCCCCCCCAAAAAAAACUUACUGCUAACAAGCAGGGUUCCCCCCCCCCCUUUUGUUUUGCAGGAAAAAAAUUCUCCCAAAUUUACAUUUUGAAUUAUUAUUGUGAUGAAAACCUGCAAAUAAGCAGUGAUCAGGUAGAGACAAAAAAAAAAAAUUACAUAAAUUUGUAAGAUGAUCACCACUGGAUGUUUAUCUCCCCAGAAAAUAAAGACAAUCCCCUUCCCCAAAACUCCCCCCUUUUAAAUUUUUCCCCCUGCAAGUAGUUGAAGCUCAUAAUUGCUAUAGACCCCCUCCCCCCUUCUACCCUCCCAAAAGAGCAGGGGACUGGGGGGAAAAAAAAACACUCCAAAUAAUUGAUAGUUUGAGGAAACUUGAAAAUCUGAAAUCAGCUGAAGCCGUGACUACCUAACCGUGAAUAUGUGGGGGUCGACCUCAUUUCCAAAUGACAAAAACAAUUUGGAAUUAAAAAAAAAAAAAUCAACUGAUCUAUCAAACUCGAAAACUGAACUGAUCUAAAAACAUUUAGUCUUGCCAUUCCCAUUUAAAAUUUGACUGUAAAACUGACACAGCCAAUUAAACAUUUAUAAAUUUAAACACCACACAAAGUCGCUAACAUAUAAUGGGAAAUGCCGAAGGCGGACUUGCAUAAAUUAGCAUCGACGUUGCGUUACUUGUAAAACUUGGUCCUUUUAACACAAAGACAAGAACUACGAACAAACAGAGUUUAUAGCUAAACACACACGACUAAACAGUAUAUUCGCUCUCUCUUUGCCGUCGGAACUAUUGCUGGCGCUGAGUUGGGGACCUUAACGAUGGUCGAUGUGUUAGGUUCACUUUGGGCGAUCGAGCAGGUGAACGCCAUCAACAAACGGCGAUGACCGGAAGCCCCAAAUGAAGGGAUUCUUACCUCCCCUAGAAAAAGAACAGCAGCGCAGCCUCGUGGACAACCAUUGGAAGUGUUCAUGCACCAAUGUUCACUGUGUUUUUGUCAUUACAGCUUUAUCUUUUUUUUUUUUUUUUUU